AUGUCUAAAAUCAACGUCGGUCUCUUCGGAUUCACUGGGAUAGUCGGUUCAGCCGUACUUUCACCUUUGAUCGAUGCUCAUAAAGAUGAUAAAAUCAAUUUGAUCGUCUUACACAGGGAAUCAUCCGAUUUAUCAAAGAUUCCUUCUGAUGCAAACGUAGAAAAAAGGUUGGUAUUCCUUGAUGAAAGUGGGGUGAAGAAAACUAAGAGCGUAGUAGGUGAUUUGGAUGUAGUCAUCUCAACAGUUUCAGGAGGUGGUAUAGCCUCUCAAACAUAUCUCGUAAAAUCACUUGAAGGAUCCAAAAAAUUGAAAACUUUCAUUCCAUCUGAUUUCGGUGUUAAUUGGACUAAGAACGAAUACGAAACCCCUUCUUUAGCUCCAAUCGCACAGAAAGAGGAUGUUGUCAAGCUUGCCAAAGAGUUGAACGUACCUACUACUAGUGUUAGAGUAGGAAUAUUCGAUUUGUUUUUCUUUGCUUAUGAAUUCCUCGGAACUGAUGUGAAGAACAAUAAAGUUGAAGUGUACCGUAAUGCUCUCAAGUAUCAACUUAGGAUCACAUCACUUGGAUAUUUAGGAUACGCCCUCAGCCAACUUGUUCAAUCCCCUUCCAAAAUCGCUAAUAAGACAAUAACCCUAUACGACUACGCCCCUACAGGACAGGAGAUUGUAGAUGUUUUGAGCAAAGUUAACAAUAAGCCCGCAGAACUUGUAGAAUAUACUGCAGAGAGAUAUGAGGAAGAUCAGAAAGAUACCUUCCCUGCUAUCGCUGCUGGAAUCAGGAAGAGAUGGGGUACGAACGAAUGGGAUAACGAGGAAGGUCAAGUUGAGAAGGUAGAAGUUGAGGGAUGGAAAGGACAAAGCUUGGAAGAGUUGAUUAAGAGAUAUGUAUAG